AGAGGAGAGGAGAGGAGAGGAGGGAGCGAGGCAGAGAAAAGGGAGGGUGCCGGGCGGAUUCAGUAGCUGAGCAGUGCUCACAGUCUGUUUUUGGUUUUGCUCAAGACGAGAGGAGAAGAAAAAAAGUGAGCAGAGCUUCAGAGAAGCAGCCAGCAGUCGAGGGCUAGUCGUGAAGCAGUUAUACAGGUGUACAGCUCGGUCAUUUUGGGAGCAUUUUUUUGUUGUUUCACCCACAAAAGGAGCUCGAAAAGGCAAGAGAGGUUCACGUUAAUCCUCUACCGUGAACACCUCCAAGACUGACGGUGAGGGGGAAAAAAAACAAGUGAAAAGGCGCGAAAAAAUAAUGCUUCUUCUCUGAGGAGGACCAACUGUGUGUUUUGGGGUCGAGGACGCCUUCAUUAGGCUCGAAUAUCAGCCAAAUACCUGAAAAAGACUUCACAUGAAGGCUGUAAUGGAGUUCCGAGCAGUGCUCACGUGUGUGGUGUUGAGUUUUUACCUGCAGGCAGGAGGUUGUCAGGACGUGGACGCGGUUCCAGUUCUGAACUGCUGUGAGGGUGAUGUCUUGUUCCUGCUGGACUCUUCUGGCAGUGUGUCGUCUUUUGAUUUCUCCCACAUGCUCAGCUUCCUGUCGGAACUUGUGUUGCCUUUUUCUCUGGGGCCUGACCAGGUGAGAAUUGGGCUGCUUCAGGUUGGUACUGACCCUCAUCUGGAGUUCGGUUUUGGGGCCUACAGCACCCAGCAGGAACUACAGUCCGCACUACGGAGGACUAAACAGCUUGGAGGAGACACCAACACAGAGCAGGCUCUAGUGAUAGCUAAAGAGCGGGUGUUAAGGUCAGGCAUGCCUGGGGAAGCCAGGCCAGGACUGCCAAGAGUUCUAGUGUGGCUGACUGAUGGAGUGGAGCCUGGACACGUGCAGGGGCCAAUGGCUGAUCUGAGGGAGGACGGUGUGGCUGUGCUGGUGGUGUCCACAGGCCGAGGGAACUACCAGAUUCUGAGAGAUGUAGUGAGCCCACCUUCUGAGGAGCACUUGUACUUUGUGGACAUUGAACAUAUGGGCAUCAUUACUGAGGACCUGAGGAACGCCAUCAUUGAGAUCAUUCGUGCUGAGAGGCUGCAGGUCCGAGACAUCUCCUCUACUAGUGCGGAGUUGUACUGGAGGCCUGUGCUUGCAGGUACUGGUCACUAUGACAUCCGGUUUGGACCUGUUCGCUCAGGAAAUGUAGAAGUGGUCGGGGGAAGCCCUGGCACCAACCCUUCAACAGAGUUUGGACACUAUCAGAGAAUCGUCCGCCCUGGAGACUCCAGCUCAGCCAAGCUGACCAACCUGCGUCCAGACACCAAAUACUUAGUCACUCUACACCCUGUAUCCAACCCAGAGGUUUUCAACAGGCUAAACACCACCUUUACCACACAGCCAGUUGCACCUGUCAAACCAGAGGUGCAGAGUCCAGCUCAGGUAUCUGUGUCAGAGUCAACCAUGAACAGUGUGAGGGUCAGCUGGGGCCCCCUGCAGCCUGAUUCUGUGCAGAGCUACCAGGUCGAGUACUCUGUCCUCCCUGCAGGGAAGCUCCACGUGGUUAAAGUCAGUAACAGGCAGAACUCGACAUUGCUGACUAACCUACAGCCUGGUACACAAUACCUGGUAACUGUGAGUGCCCGCUACUUCUCUGGCAGAGAGAGAGCAAUGUCCGUCAAAGUGUGCACCGAAGAAGUGUUGCCAGCUCUAGCAGAUCUGCAGCUUACUACAGUGGGCAGUGACUCAGUGAAGGUCCAAUGGAAAGGGAGUGCUGAUGGUUUACGUGGUUACUGGGUUACGUGGGAGGGCGAACCCACGCACUCCUCGAGCCAGCGUUCCACCCUGUAUCUUCCACCCCACCUCCUCUCCACAACUCUUACUCAAGUGCCCCCCAAUGCUAGAGUCUGCGUCUCUCCCGUCUACAAAUCGGCUCGGGGAGAAGGUCUCUGCUGCACCGCGCACUUCAGCUCAGCUGCCUUGACCUGGAGCCACAGGUUGUAGCUCUGCCAAACAGAUGGAUGCAGAGAUGAAAACCUUACCACAAAUGGAAAAAGAGGAAGAAGCACUGUAAAUGCUAGAGCACUUGUCGCCCACAGAGCGGUGCUCUAAUAGCAAUACACCAACACAAACUGCACUGAAAACACUUACUGAAGUUACUCAGAACCCUAAACUACUUAGAACACAUUAUGUAUGCAUCUCAGACACAGGCGAGACUGAAGAGUUAAAAAGACACUUCUGAGGAGUAUCGAAACAGGAAUAUUGUGUAAAUAUCAUUCUGAUAGUGGGAAUUGUCUGACAUGCUGCAUAUUGUCUUAUUGCCCAGUAGGUUUUACAUGUCUGAAAAGGGAACAAUUAAGUAUUUUGAAUAGUUCAUUUUUGAUGCACACUUGGCUUACGCAAAUGCAUAUCUAACCGCUGCUUGAGAGAAAAUGGAUAUGCUGAUUUAAUUGCUGAAGUGCACAUUUAAGGUCAUUUAGCCUAUCAUUAUUCUCUCUCUGAGAUCACAAGGUUGAUGAAACUUAAGAUUUCAAGUUCUUCAUAGUUGCUUACACGAGAAUGUUACAGAUGUUUUCUGGUUGAGAAGGCCUUUAAUCGGUUUCCUGAAAAUGCUCGAGGCAUUUUCCACUGCCCACACACAACUACUUAUAGAAACAUGGGAUCGCUUUCUAAGCCUUACCAUCGCUUCUAUGAUUUUGGGAUGUGUGCAUGGUAACAUUUCUAUCCCCUCGCUGUCUACUCACUCACCCACCCCAAAUGUUUUUAAGUCUUUUACUGCCCCCUUGUGGAUUAUUACAGAACCAUUAGUGCCUUCUUGUGGAUCUUCGUCCGCACUAUGCAAGUGAUUCAAAAAACAAGUAUACUUUUGGCAUGAGGUCCACAUGAACAAUGAGAGUUCUAUGUUUUAAUUUAAAUUUGAAUAAGCUUUCUCUAAAUUGAGCACUUUCAAAUAUAUUAAUUUAAGUAAUGUCCUUAUUAAACCAGGCACCGCUUGCAAGUUAAGUCUUUGAACUUAAUGUUUGGGAAGUUGCUGACGAUUGUGCAAUACUGUCGAAGCAGCACAGCGUGAAAAGAGAAAGCAUAUGACAAGCUUGGUAUGUUAACACAAAAGGUGCCUGUAAAUACUUAAUUUAGCUGCACAAUAAUGUCUUAUAUUGUAUGAGACCCCAAACGUAACAUCUUUUAUUUUAAAUAAAUAAAUCUCCACUUCUGU